AUGGAGCGUCUGUGGGACCCAGGGAAGCCUCCGCCAGGUGGGAGAACCAGCUCCCUGGACAGGUUGCAGCAGCCCAGGAUGGACACAGAAUCGGGGGACGCCCGGUGCCUGUCCCUGCCCACCACCCCCUGCGGGAGCCUGCCAGCCGGAAGCCGGGAGGGCCCAGCUCGGUCGGUGGACACUGGGGGGAGCACCGCCAUGACGGACCGGGAGGAGUCUUGCAAGGAGCAGUUUCCUGGUGCACAGGAGAGCAAGAAGGACAAGGCCCAGAAGAGCUGGCUGAGGAACCUGCUGAGCUUUGUCCUGAGGCCGGAGGAGCCCAAAGAAAAGGCCGGCAAAAAAGUCAAGGGCAGGGAAGGCCUCCCCUCGCCCGCGGAGAGCCCCGAGGACCCAGAGCUGCCGGUGCCCGGGAGGAAGGCCCCGGACAAGAAGGGGGGCCAUGGAAGACCAGAGGCCAGGGAGGCCCUGGGAGCCCGGGAGCAGGAUGCCAGAGGCCGCGAGGCAGGACCCCCCGGGAAGGCCAGCACCCCCCACUCCGAGGAGGUGCCCCGGGGUCCAGCGCGCAGGGGCAGGGAAAGGUCCGGUUACCAUCACUCCAUGCUCAACCAGAGCCGCCGCCGCCAGCCGGAGGAGGAGCUCAGAAAGCCCGACAAGGAGGCCGUCAUCCAGAUGAUCGUGAGGUUCCUCCAAAGGGUGGGAGACCAGUAUGAGAUAGAGCAACUUCAAGCUCCUCUGCCGGAGGUGUUUGAGCCAAACCCGGCCCCGGCCUCCAAGAAGAGACCACCAGAGAAGAAGACGAGCCUCAAGAGGGUCUUUUCCCUGAAGAAACAAGGUUCUGAGGAGCCCAAGAGAGCAGGGGCCGCGGGGGCCGCCAGCCUGGAGUCCCGGCCACCCCGGAGACCCACCUUCUUGGCCCUGUGUGUUGGGGGCCAGCGGCCCUCCACCCCCAGCAGCUCGGAGGAGGCCGUCAUCCAGAUGAUCGUGAAGUUCCUCCAAAGGGUGGGAGACCAGUAUGAGAUAGAGCAACUUCAAGCUCCUCUGCCGGAGGUGUUUGAGCCAAACCCGGCCCCGGCCUCCAAGAAGAGACCACCAGAGAAGAAGACAAGCCUCAAGAGGGUCUUUUCCCUGAAGAAACAAGGUUCUGAGGAGCCCAAGAGAGCAGGGGCCUCGGGGGCCGCCAGCCCGGAGUCCCGGCCACCCCGGAGACCCACCUUCUUGGCCCUGUGUGUUGGGGGCCAGCGGCCCUCCACCCCCAGCAUCUCUGAGUUGCUGAUUAUCCAGAAGCUGGAGGCUUUUCUCCAAGAAGUGGGAGAACAGUUGGGAGAACAGAUAAGGCGACAUCCCUGUCUCAAGAAGUGUUUCCAAGAGCUCUUAGACUCCUGCCAGGAGAAGCUGGUGGUGGCCCUGCGCAGCCAGGAGGGCCACCUCUCGCACCCCAGCAGGAACCCGGCCAAGGGGCCCUACCAGUUUCCCUUCGACCUGCCGAACAAAUUUGCCGGCAACAGCCACAACGUCAUCAGCCUCCUGGACCUCCUGGGGCACUACCGCCGGCGCCGCAGUAGCCAAUACUCCUACGAGGUGGCCCAGCAGAAUGUCACAAGUCCCGACAUCCAGAUUGAGAGUCCAGACUGA